AUGGAUGAAACUGGAAGCAUAUUUUCAAAGAAAUGGAGGAAAUUUUUGAAAAACAGCGCCAGAAAUUUAAAUCUCGUUUAUCAUCUCGUUACAAAUCUCGAAAGCGAGACGUCAAUUAGUGCCAUACAAGGUUGGGAUUCCUUACCUGUAAUAAUGGGGUGUUGUGGAAUGCGGGGGCUCAUCAUUUGGUCAGCCAUAAUUGCCGGGCUCGGUUAUUACCUAUAUAGCCCCAUACCAGAUGGCAUCCAAGAGAAAGGAAAGUUGCGGAUCGUACUUGCCAUGAUGAGGAUAUUUAAUGACAUUGGCAAUUUUGUUGAUUACAUUGGGUGGAUGGAUAACAUCACAUUUUUGAGAAAACUCUUUAACGCAUCAGCCAAGAAAAUCUUACCACCAAACGACUCAACUAUGACGAUGACGGAGCAAUACUUCGAUGGUGUGCGGGUUUUGGUUUAUGAUCCAGCUGGGAGGCCUAAGAAUAGUGCAGCAAUGGUCUACUAUCAUGGUGGUGGCUGGGUAUUGAUGAGUCCAGAGGCUUUUGAUCCAGUGACUCGUGAAAUAUCCAGAAGAUUAAACAUAUUGGUGGUGUCCGUUGAUUAUCGGUUAGCCCCAGAACAUAAGUUUCCCAUUCCAUUUGAAGACUGCGAGAAAGCGACUGUUUAUUUUCUAAAGAAUGCUGCAGAGAAGUUCAGUGUUGACCCGACAAGAGUGGCUGUUGCAGGAGACAGCGCAGGGGCAACGGGUGCAGCAGGAAUUGCGCUGAAACUGAAUGCCGACAACAAUAUUCCAAAGAUAAGAUACCAGGUGCUUCUUUUUGGGGGAUACCAGUCAAUGGAUUUGAUGUUGCCAUCUAUGGUUGAAUUUGGAAAAUACAGUUUAUCAUCAGCGCACGAUGCUGCAAAAUAUUGGUUGUUGAGUUGGGGUGGUGAUCUGAAAUACAUUCCAGAUGUUUUGAUUAAUAAUCAUACAUCAGUGAAAAUUAAAAAAGAUUAUGGACGCUAUGUGAAUUAUAAAGAUCUGCCUCCACAAUUGAUACCUCCUGGGUAUGAACCACCAAAAACAAAUUUUGGGAGUGAGAGUAUAUCUCAAUAUAUGGAAAAACAUGUUCUAGAUCCAUAUGAAAAUCCAUUGAUGGCAAAUAAUCUCGGCCACAUGCCUGAAACUUAUAUUGUUUGUGGGGAUAGUGCAGGGGGCCAUAUGUCAGCAAUAAUGGCUCUGAAACAUCCAACAAAAAUUAAAGCACAGGUCCUCAUCUACCCCGCAACACAGGGUAUCAACUUUAAUACCCCAUCUGUAUUACAAAAUGAUAAAUAUGCCCUUCCAUUGGUGACACAGAAAAUCCUUGCUUUCUAUUGGUCAUCUCAUCUAACGGGUAACCCAGAGAAAUACAGUGAGAUUUUCCUAACCAAUCAGCAUGUAACUGAUGAAAUAUUGGAUGCAGUCAGAAAGUAUGUAGACUUCAAAAAAAUCCCAGAACGCUUUUUGAAAAUGGCUGAAUACAAGGUACCCAAGUUGCCAAAAGGGCAGAAAUUGGUUGCGGAGAAAUUUUCAGGUAUAUACUUAAAUAAAUAUGUAUCUCCGUUGUUAAGUGAUAGUUUAAAGGGUUUACCGCCAUCUUUGGUUGUGACCUUGACCUACGAUACAAUAAGAGAUGAUGGUAUUCUCUAUGCUCAAAGGCUAAAGCAAGAGGGGAAUGAUGUCCAAUGGGUUAAUAUAGACGAUGGUUUCCAUGGCUAUAUCAGUUUACUAAAUCCCCCUAUCGUAUUUGAUUCUGCAUGGAAUCUUGUUGAUAUAAUAUGUAGUUUUCUCAAGAAGAAAUUGUAGGAUUCCCCAUGGUUACAUUGUAGGAUUCCCCAUGGUUACUAAUCUCGCCUUGUAACAACAUUGGUCAAGACGAGAUCAUAAGCUGGGUUACUAAAAUUCCAUUUCAUUUCACACUAGGCUUAUUGUACAUAGUACUAAGUUUUGAAAAAUGAAAUUUUGAUUUGUGCAUUUUGAAAGAAAAUUCACUGAUGAUGAGUAUCUUAGUGUUUAAGAUGAGUUUAUAAAUCAUUUUAGAUUUUAAAAGUUGUAUCUAGAUUAGGAAAAUAAUAUAUGUACAAAGAAGAUCAUAUGUAAAUGAACAAUAUCAUAUAUUAUCGUAUGAUCUGUUAAAUGAAGCCCUCUGAUUGGUCAGUUCUUGUGCUGUUCCAAUCUGUAUUGCCACUGAGAUUGUCCCAUUGUUCAUCUCAGUAGCAAUACAGAGAAUAUUGGUAUGGAGGGGACAAUAUCAGUAGCAAUACAGAAUUUCUUGAGCAGAAUAUAUCCUGUAUUGCACUUCAGUGUCAUAGAGUGCCAUAUAAUACCAAU